AGGAGGCAUGACGGAACUACUCAGGCCUGCUGGUGCACAUCAUCAGGCACGGCUGCGACGAAAAGACACUACAAGCUACCCUCGCAGCAUGACCUAACGGUGUCGAUUUCAACGUCAACGUCAACGUUGGAUCGACAGCCUCAUCAGCACCAUCAUCAUCAUCGACCUAGCCGCGACGAUGGGGAGCCGAGCGGACGUUGCCCGUCCUGCGGCCAAAGGCGUCGCGAGGAGAUCUUUUACACGAUUGAGGAUCUGGACGCUAUCGAGCCGGCGCCACUCGAGUCACAGAGAACACCGACGUCCCAGAGAACGUGCAGCUGCGACACGGUCGACGCUGGAACUCUCAGGGAUCGUGGUGAUCUACGAAAACAUCGAAGCACCGAUUCUAGAUGGCAUGGCGGCAGUAGUCCUUAUCUCUCUCCCGACCACGCGUUCUGGGAUCUGAAGAAACGCGCCGGCGAAGGAACCGAGUUUAGAUGGGCUCUGCACACUUCGAGCACCGAUCUAGACCUAGCGAGGAAGACGAAAUGCAGCUGUCACAGCCUCACGCCCGAGGAGAAGAAACCGCACGACGUGCAACGUGGCGAUCUCAGGAAGCAUCACAGCGCGGAAACGGACAAAUGGUCGGUGAAGCCGGAUUAUCUGAAGACACCGAUGCACGAUCUGAGAAAGCACAGCAGCGACGACACGAGAAUGGCGAGAGAGGCGAGGUGGCUGCAGGUUCCAGAGGUGUUACCUAAUCCGAAACCUAGGUGUACAUGUCCAAAGUCGAAAGUCCUGUCACCGUCGCCACCUGCCGAACCGAAGGAGCUAAAAGAACCGGAGAAACCUGCGGUACCGAUGCCUGUACCUGUUCCCGCCGUCGUACAGGAGCCGGAGAAGAAACUGUACUUCUCGACGUCGCUGACGGUGGAAAGGAAAGACGAGCCAGUUGCGCAAACGGUGCCAGAGAAGCCGGAACUGAAGAAGCACACCAGCGGGGACACAAGGCUAGUGAGAACAGAGAGGAUCAGGGAGAGACCGAAGUUGGAACGUUCACACGCGAGAGUGGACAGUCAGACGUCGAAGAAAUGGGGAGCGAAGGAGAAGGUGACCAGUCCUGACGAGGUGAAGAAGUCUAGACCAAAAUGGGCGAUGAAACCGCACUUCUCUCUGCCUGUGGAGAAGAAGGAAUCGAAAUGGCGGAGUCAGGACUCUACGGAAGGCUUCAAGAGCAAGAGUCUGAAGGAGAGACCGAAGUACAGUAUCAGAAGGAGCUUGUCACCUGAACCAGAUCCUCGUCAGAUGAGCAAACUGGACAACAGGAUAAUCAGAAGGUUGAUAUCCCCGGAGAUCGCUAUCACCGAUGCAAAGUGGACACCGUACGAGGAUGCUUCCCCUCUGCCAACGAUAGGGAUCAAGAAACGCGAGCCGAAGCACAUCAGCGAGAUCAAAUGGACUCCGUACGAUGCAUCGCCGCCUGAAGGUGGUGGCGUUGGUGGUAGUUUCGCUGUUCAAGAACCCGAAGAACAGAAAUCUUGGUCACCUUUUCACAACGUAACACCUACGCACCAUCCGCCGCCGGAGGCAACGCCGUGUAGAAGCGACGACGAGGACUUCCGAUGGAGAAUUCUGAAUCAGGUGUCGGCGUUUCCUAUCUACCAAGGUGGCUGGAAAGACGAAUCUCCGGAGAAGACUCCGCCGAGAAAGUUACCGAGUCCUGUAGACUUGUCGCCGCCUGUCUGGUCUCCUCAGGUGCCAACUACGCCUGUGAAGAGGCAGAGAUCGCAACAGUAUUCUCCUCCACCUGUUCAAAGGAAGAGCAUAGUAAAGGGUCGCGGUUUGUCGAAGAAGAAAGCUCUGAGAGCUAGAUCGGAGAGCAGCCAUCAGAACGACGAUAGAUUAAUGCCACCAACUGUGAUCGUUCGAGCGGCUAGCGAGGAACCAAAGAGCCGACAGAGGCCGCAGCUGAUGCGUUCGAAGGCUCUGCUAGAGGUCCCUGUCACUGUGGGGAUCACGAAGAGGUCGUUAAGCGAGGAGGUGCCUCGUAUGCGUGCUCGCGAACGGGCACGUGGCCCUAAUAGAGCGCGUAGCGAGGAGGCGCCCAAGUACAAGGACCCGUGGUUCGCUAACGACAGCUUCACGGCAGAGAUUACCGAGUUGCGGGAGUACGUGACGACGGUUUGAGUAGAGGGAACGAGAGAGGAACACACGGGUCGACGGUACUCGAAAUCGAGGCGAAGUUAUUUUAUAUAUAUAUAUAUACACACAUAUGUGUAUAUUCAUUACCUUCCCCUUUUUUGCUGAGAAGAGGGGAGAGUUUCCCGCGUGGUUAGCUCGCUUAGGUGUUUUCUACCGACGUAGCAAAAGGAAAUAACGAGACAACUUGUACAUUAAAGAGAAUAUUAACGCGCAAGAGAAUUAUUUUCGCCAGUGAGUCUCUCACACACGCCAAGUUUCAAUUGCUGCUGCGUAUAUGGUAGCAUCGUUCAUGAAGUGUACAGAGACCAUGAUUCAUGUGAGCGAACCAACGACGUUAAAGAGUGAUCGGUGAAGGAGAAACUAUUCGUCGAGGACCAUCAUCCACGCUGGCGCAAUUCCACUUCGUUGGCCUAGAUAAUCGAAGGCUACGAAUAUCGCAGUCGAGAAGUGUCAACGAUUCUUUCCGCGAGAAAAUCAGAAAAUGAACCUGCGAGGACACGUGAAAAUCGGGGGGUCAAGGACUGACGAGUAAAAUCGAGUUCGCGUAGCGUGUAAGAUGAAGU